GUUUUCUUACAGGUGACCCUAUCAUCUACCAACGACUCAUACGUGAAAAUUGAAAACAUAACAGUUGGGAGCUAUGGAGAGAGAGGAAAGCGGGGAGAUCUACCAGGAGGAAGAACGUAAUUACUUUUUUUCUUUUUAAUGCACAACGCAAACUCCUGUUCUCUUUUUUCCUCUCUCCUUCUUCCCGAUCAAGAUCGGACCCUAAUUCCUUUUGCUCUCUAUUGGAGUUUUUUGUUGGGUUUUUCUUUUUUAUCAUCUCCCAUUUGGAUAAUUCCAAAACUUACACGACCGUUUUAAGAGGAAACCCGACCGUUUGUUCUUUUCUGAAAUCGUCGGGUUCAAAUUGUUUUCAUCAGCUAUCGGCUGAUCUGAUAAUACUCUCAUUUUUUGGGCUCUCUUUUAAGGACUCGAGAUCGUGAAUUGCGAGAAUUGUCUAUUUGGUUGUUUGAUUAGGGUUUUGAAGGAAUUCUGAUUCGAGGUGAUGACGGAGGUGUAAAUUGGAGAUUAAUUUGAUUUAGUUUGGGUUUUUUUUUUCUUUGAGAUUUUGGGAUUCAAAUGGCUUCUGCUCAGGUGUUGCCGAGUUCUCGAAAACAAGAGCAUUUGGCAGCCGGGAAACGUCGGCUGGAGGAGUUCCGCAAGAAAAAAGCAGCUGAGCGGGCGAAGAAGGCUGCUUCGAGUAGUCAGUCUAAUGCUCAUGAUGUUGCAACUGAGCAUGUACGAGAUACAGAAUCAGAUGGGGCUGGCACCUCUGAUGGACCCACUGAAAUAAUAACGUCUGGCAAAGCGGAUGUUUUUUCCCAGAAAAAUCAACAAAUUCCUUCAAAUGGCAUCCAUGGUAGUAAUCCUCCUUCUAUAAAUGAUUAUGUUAUAUCUUCAGCAGAUUUUGUGCCGACACAUGUAAACAAUCAAGAAAUUAAGAAACAUGAAGUGACUGAGUCUGUCGAAUCAAUGGAUGUUUAUAAUAGCCAAGAAGCAAAAGAUUCAAAUAAUGACUUCGAAAUACACAAUAACAGUAGAGGUUUACAUUCAUAUGGGAGUAUGCCCAACAAUCUUAUGGGUAGAUAUAUGGAAGGGAACCAAGGUUAUGACAGCAGUUCUAGUAAAUCUAGUCUUUAUGAGAUGGAGGAAUCCCACUUAAAAGGAAGUGACAGUUCCAUACGUGUUCCAGCAGUCAUAAAUCCAGCUUUUCCUCAUGAUUUUGGUGCUAAAGUUUCCUCUCAGAUUUCUGGGAACACAGUACUGCAAAGUAAGUCCAGUGAUGUCAGCAUGCUGGAUAAUGGCCCUGGGUUAACCUCAAACUAUGAAGGCUCUAUCCAACCUGCUACCAGCAUGAGCAACAAACUCCUUAAAUCUGGGCUAAACCUGCAGGGUAGUGCAGAAUUUGGAGAACCUGGCACUUCUAAUUAUGGGGAAAGAAUGCCGAAUAUCACUGCCAACAGUUUGACCAGUUUGUUUAGUGACCCUUUCCGAACAUCUGAAUCUUCAGCUUUCGCUUUUGAUAACAGAAGUUCUGUAAGCGAGUUGCCACUUCACUCAGUUAGAAAUGAAACUAAUGCCAGGAGAUCUCGUCCUUCUUUCCUUGAUUCUCUUAAUGUCUCAAGAGCUUCUUCGGGUGCAUGUUCUCAGCAUACUGAACUGGAGGAAGGUUCAGUUAAAUCUAGUAGUUUGCAAGUAAAUGGUGUGGAUGGCCAAGGAUCAUACCAUUUUCAGAACCAACAUACAGAGACCAAUAGUAUGGGAUCUUUCACAAACCUUAAAACACCUAGUUCCUUCACCACACUUGAAAAUCCUACUAAACACUCAGCUUCUGCCAAUAAUGGGGCCCUGCUGGGUGUUAAUGAUAAUAGCAUGGAGGGGAAGCAUGAAUUCUACUCCAACAAACAGAACGAAGACUUUGCUGCUUUGGAACAGCACAUUGAAGAUUUGACACAAGAAAAAUUUUCAUUGCAACGAGCUCUUGAGGCUUCACGUGCAUUGGCAGAAUCCUUAGCGGCUGAAAAUUCAUCCUUGACAGAUAGUUACAACCAACAGAGAAGUAUUGUCAACCAACUAAAAUCUGACAUGGAGAUGCUGCAAGAAGAAAUCAAGGCCCACUUGCUGGAACUUGAGAGUUUCAAAAAUGAAUAUGCGAAUGCACGAUUAGAAUGUAAUGCUGCCGAUGAACGUGCCAGUAUUUUGGCUUCUGAGGUCAUUGGUUUGGAAGAGAAGGCACUCAGACUCAGGUCUAAUGAACUGAAGCUGGAGAGGCAGCUGGAGAACUCACAUGCUGAAAUCUCUUCUUGCAAAAAGAAAAUGUCAAGUCUAGAGAAAGAUCGUCAGGAUUUGCAGUCAACUAUUAAUGCUCUUCAAGAAGAGAAGAAGGUCUUGCAGUCUAAGCUACGAAAAGCUUCUACCAACAAUAAAUCUGUUGAUGUAAAUCAGAGUCCGACUAGCAGGAAAGACAUCUCAACUUCAACAGAAGAUCUAGCAGAUGUAUACAGUACCUCAGACAGCUCUAACCAGGAAGCGGAUGGCAGUUCUUCUCUUCUUGAAAAUAAUGCAUCCAUAUCUCCCUUGCUGGCGGAAAAUGGAUCAGCUCUUGAAGUUUUGUCCGUGAAUAUUCCUUCUGAUCAAAUGAGAAUGAUUCAAAAUAUUAAUGCUCUAAUUUCUGAGUUGAUGUUGGAGAAAGAAGAAAUGACACAAGCUUUGUCAUCAGAGAUAAGUCAAAGUUCAAAGCUCAAGGAGUUUAACAAGGAGUUAUCUAGAAAACUUGAAGCUCAAACUCAGAGAUUAGAGCUUCUAACAGCUCAAAAUAUGGCAAAUGACAAUAUUUCAGCAAGACAACCUGAUUCUCACACCAUACAGGAGAAUACUGCAUAUGCAGAUGAGGGUGAUGAGGUGGUGGAAAGAGUGUUGGGGUGGAUUAUGAAGCUCUUUCCAGGAGGGCCAUCAAGACGAAGAACAAGCAAGCUUCUCUGAAAUCAAAUGCAAAUGAGGGUCUCAGCAACUUAGCUUAUCCAAUGAGUUCUACAUGCAACUCUGGUUUUGUUCUCACUCACCUUCCCUUUGUUUUGGUGAUAGGAGGAAGUAAUCUGUACAGAAUCAAUUAUAGUCCAAUCUCAAUUCUUUUUGGAUGUAAGAAAAUGAGGCCGGUCUGGGAGGCAGUCCCAUUGAUUGCGGAAAUGAAUAUCAUUUGUUUGGAAUGAAGCAAAAUAAACGUCCCAUAUUGUUUGUGUUUGUUCAUGUUUGAAUAUGAAAUUUUGAUGACAUUUGGUGGAUAUUUUAAAAGAAAAUGGAGAUUGUCAUGGCAGCAUAGAAACCUAAUGGAGUGUAGUAUGCAUAACUCGUGUAUUGCUUCUCUGUUCUUGUCCACGUACUCUGUAUUCUGAACAGCUUGAGGACUUAAACGCUAUGAACCAAACAAGUUACUUCAAUAUUUCA